UUUCUUCCAUCUGUGUUAGUUGUAUGGUUUAUGGCAUAAUUUGCAGGCUAGGUUUCUCUGUUUUGGAGACAUGAGAUUUACAGGUUUUCUGUAAAUGAAUGAAGCGAGAAAUGUCAAAUAUUAUAUGCAUAUUAUUAAUCUUUGUAAUUAAGAUGCAUCCAUAAAGGAUUGACAACAUUUUUAUUUAUCUUCUUUUCCUUAUUGAUUAUUUUAUAAAAAAUAUUUACUUUUCUUUUGCAAUAUUUGUAAUGAAAGAAGAUAAGAGACAAGAUUAUAUAUAUUUUUUUCUUAAAACGUUUAAGUAUCGGGAAUUAUGUCUUCGAGUGACGAAACAAGUGUUGUAAUUGAAAAUCAUAAAGAUAGGAACGAUAAAAAGAGUUUACGCAAACAGAAACGUGCUCAUCACAGACUAGUUAGAGAUAUGAACAUUAAAUGCUCUGAUCGACCCACUCAGCACUUGAUGAUAUGUAACGGUGGUUUAGUUACCGGUAUUAAAAGGGAAACAUUGCAAUGCGUAUUAGAUGCACUGAUCUCCAAGUAUGUUUUGUUAAUGCCAACAGGCAAGUCAUACUGUUUCAUAACAUGCAAUUCAAAAGAGGAUGCGAUAUGUGUAUAUAAUUAUGUUCAUGGACGUAUUAAGCUUCCUGGUCAAAAUGGACCAUUAUAUGUAUGCUAUACUGAAACAGCUCCUAGCAUAGACAAUGUUACGCUCAAUUCUACAUUUCCACCUGGUCUUACUUUAAUAGAGAAUUUUAUAACAAAGGAGCAAGAAGAAACUUUGUUAAGGACACUCAAUUGGGAAAACGAAUGUGAAUCUGUCUCAUCACAGUUGAAACAUAGACAAGUAAAACAUUUUGGAUAUGAGUUUGAAUAUGGCACAAAUAUGGUGAAUCCUGAAAAUCCAAUCGCGCCGAUUCCACAGGAUUACAAGUUCCUGCAAACUCUAUUCAACAAGCAUAAUCAUAAAUAUAUAUAUGAUCAGCUGACCAUCAACAAAUAUCUACCUGGACAAGGUAUACCACCACACAUUGAUACACACAGUGUCUUCGAAGAUACGAUACUAUCCUUGUCACUAGGUUCUGCAUGUAUCAUGAACUUCAAAAAGGAAGAUCAUAAUCUCAAUGUAUACCUGCCAACUAGAUCUUUGUUGAUCAUGACAGAGGAGGCAAGAUAUGCAUGGACACAUGGCAUCUGUCCCCGUCAUAGUGAUGUAAUUGAGACAAAGAAUGGACCCACAACACGGGAACGCGGCAUCAGAGUGUCCUUCACCUUCAGGAAGGUGCGACGAGGUGGCUGUUGUUGUAAUUUCAAAUACUGUGAUACAAGAUCCGAUACUUCUAAUUUCGUUGAUGCCAAGACAGCAUCAGGACUGGAAGAUUCGUAUGUACAUAAGGUUUAUGAGAAAAUAUCUAAUCACUUUAGUGAGACGCGACACAAACAAUGGCCUAAUGUAACAAAGUUCCUUGAAAGUUUAGAAGAAGGCACAUUGCUGUUGGAUGUAGGCUGUGGUAAUGGCAAAUAUCUUUAUGGAGAUCGAAAUAUAUAUAAGGUGGGAUGUGAUCGUAGUUCCGGACUGACGGAUAUAUGUUGUAAGCGAGGCUUCGAAGUUCUCCAAUGUGAUUGUCUGUAUUUGCCAUACAGAGAUAAUUCUGUGGAUGCAGCCAUCAGUAUUGCGGUGAUUCAUCAUCUUUCCACUCCGGAACGGAGACGACGCGCCAUUUCCGAAAUGGUUAGAGUGUUAAGACCAACAGGAAAAUGCUUGAUUUAUGUGUGGGCGAAAGAGCAGCGCAAGGAUUCUACGGAUUCAUGCUAUUUGAAGUACGGAAAAAAGAACAAAGACGAGACCGAAAAGCUUGAUCAGAGUGAAAUCAAUCACGAGAACAUUUCCCAAUAUUGCUUAACAUUGCCGGUUCAUGAAAACAGAACAAACUUUGCUCACAGCGACAUGUUAGUUCCUUGGAAAAAAAAGGACGGCGAACGUUUCUUGAGGUAUUAUCAUGUAUUUCAAGAAAAUGAACUCGCAAAACUAUGCAUGGAAGUAUUUGCAGUCAUGAUUAAGGAAGUCUACUACGAUCAAGGUAAUUGGUGUGUCAUUUUAGAAAAAUGUAUGAAAGUAGCAUAAAAUAAAAAAAACUAGAUUUAUAACAAAUAAUUAAUCAUCUUAAAAGAUUUAUUUCACACACAUCUUUUUUUUACAUUGCUGCAUCGAUUUAAUCGCUGUCAUCCACUGAAAUAAAUAAAAAAGUAUGUUUUAAAAUUAUUUAAAUAUCUAUAGAAUUUAGUUUUCCUAUCAUAUGA